AUGGCUCCAGCACAAUCCGAAACCCGCUCACCAUACCGCGCCUCCCGUGACCGCUCAAGGUCACCGCGCCGUCAACAUGAACACUCCCGGCACAAGCGCAGGCGGACCGCUUCCCCACGACCUGUCGUUCUACCCUUCAAUUCCAGACAACUGGCAAAGCGUGACUUUGCCGAAUACAAACCAACUUUCGCACUUUACCUGGACAUCCAGAAGCGGCUGGUGCUGGAAGAGCUCGCCGAGGGCGAGGUAAAGGGUAGAUGGAAGAGCUUUGUGGGGAAGUGGUAUGCCGAUCCCAAUCCGAAUCGUGGAGAACUCGCAGAAGGGUGGUAUGAUCCUGCUACAAAGCAGAAAGCUGUCCAAUCCUCCAACACCGUUUCGACAAAAUCGUCUUCACCCGCAAGACAACGGCGCUCAUCACCGGACUACGCCUCCGGAGCGCCGCCACAAGAUGCAGAUACGGACACUGACGAAGACGCUAUUGGCCCAGCGCUGCCCAGUCAAGAUGUUCGCAGUCGAAGAGCCGGACCGGCCGUACCAAGCAUGCAGGAUCUAGAUUUACGAAACGAACAAAUCUUCGAAGACUCUGCUAACCACCUGGCCGAUGUCCGUUACGAGAGGAAGGUCGACCGCACAGUGCAAAAAGAGCGCCUCGAAGAGCUUGUCCCGCGCGCAGACCCAGGCAGCCGAGAACGACAACUCGAGAAGAAGCGGGAGAUUGCCGCUACACAUCGGUCCUUUCGCGAAGCCAAGUCACCGGGAGCUGAAGAGGUUGGCGAAAGUCAGCUGAUGGGCGAUGAUGGUAUCGAGGCAUUUAGGUCACGUAAGAAGGAGAUGGAGAGGAAGAAGAAUGAGAGGGAGAUCAGGAAGGAGGAGUUGCUGCGAGCUAGGCUUGCGGAGAGGGAGGAAAUGCUGGAGAAGCAUAAGGCCAAGGAGGAGAAGACGAUGGAGAUGUUGAAGGCGAUUGCAAGGGAAAGGUUCGGCUGA